CCGCACAUGUUUCCAUUCUCAAGGACAUUUAGGGGUUUCAGGCCUUUAUGAUGUUGUGAUAAAUACCGUUGUAAACGUCAGAUCUUUUUAUAACUUGUGAUGAUAGUCCAUGUGUUAACUUUAUUCACGUCAUAACUUGCAUGUGCAAACAAAGCAUACUGGUAAUCAUGUUAACGAUAGAAGCCGACAAAGUGGUGGUUACCCAGUUGGACGAAAGUGGCAAAAAUGGGCAUGUGCAGUAGUAAUAAAAAAUGGGUGCCAUAGUUUUUCCCUCUCUUGACUCACAUUUGACCAGUAUCCAAUUGUGACCACCGUCGAAACACUUUUUUUAUGAUUUAAGCAACAUUUUACCAAAAUGUAACCAGAAUUUUCCAUCACUUAUUCACUGACACCCCGUUUCAACUAUUAUUUAAGCCUUAUUUCUCCAUUUUGACCACCAUUUAAUCAGGAUUUGCCCAUUAUGUUAUCACUUAUCACUGUCCCUAUAUCUGCUAGAUUUCAAUCAUUAUUUAACCAUUUUUCGCCCGUUAGUGCCCAACUGCUUACCUCUUUUUCUUCGACGAAACGUUCUGAAUAUUCACUACUGAAAGUUUCCAAUUACCUUUUAUACUCAUUUUGCAUUGUUAUACAGUCGUUGGUUCUGUCGGCACUUAUUUCGCGCUGUCAUUUUGGGACAAUUUAAGCCGUGUUGUGCAGUAAUGUAAGCUUGUUAGUGUAAACAGACACGUGAAAUUUACACUACAAUAUGUCUCGGUGUAGGCUACAAACCAAUGACUUCCAGAAAACUUCAGUGAAGUGAUUAAAAGAUUGUCCAUGUUAGGGGUGAACUAUAAAAUAAAUGCUGGAAUACUAAAGUAAACGAUCUGAGUGGUACUGGAAGGAUCAAGAAAGACAUCUACCUUAGCUAAAAGUUAUCCAAGCGAACGGUAAAGACUAAUACAGAAGUGAACUGAAGAGGUAAAUGUUUGUAUUCAUAUACCUAUGUGCCUGGUACUGGACUCCAUAAUCUCUGCUUACAUACAUUAUUGAGGAAAGACAUCCUGGCCACAGAGUGAAAAUAAUCUCUGGUGCUUCUCAGUUAUUCAAUUCUAAAUACCUGGAACAUUUCCUGUAAGAAACUUACUGCUCUUAUCAAGAUUAUAAAAAAUAUAGUAACGUCAGUACAAAUCACCUCAGUGUAUGUCUAGUAAUUAUCGGGCUUGGUCGACAUAAGUACUCAUCAGAACGGUUACACUCAAUGUUUGCUACCUUUUCUAUGCAUAGAGUGAGUCUUUGCAUUUUACCGACGUCAAGUCUUCGUGCACCACAACUCCUUUGUAAAAGAAACCUUCUAUCACACAGUCGUCCAACAAAUCUAGAAUUGAUCGGUCACCUUCAAGAUGCAUCGGAGUCGUACGUACCUGGUCAAAUGUUUUUACACAAACAUUUCGGUUAUCGUGGCAUCAUACUGCAGUGUUGGAAGGGAAGAUUGUUUGAUCGAAACCUGCAGUUCAUAGAAGCAGUAGAACAGAAAUUUCCAGAAUUCAAGAAGAAAGAUGAGUCCAAAGUGAAUGUAUAUCAAGUCUUAACUGAUCAGAGGGAUAUUGAAAUAUGUAAUUGUGCUCUUAAACCUGGGAUUACCUUCCUGCCAGAUGAUAAACGGGCUUUUAACGCCAUUUAUAUAGUUUCAGAAAUGGAUUAUGUUUUUCACGAUGACAUUAUUCCAUAUGUUCCUCAAGACGCUUUGCCGAUUCGAAAUGAAUACAUGAGUGAAUUCCUAAUUUCUGCUCCAGACAGAGACCCCCCAUUUAUGCCGACGGACCAUCUGAGACGCUGGAUCGAAGCUCGUAAGCGAAGUUUAGAAGUCACAUCAGUGCAUCGCGAAGUUACGGAAAAUAUUCGGAUAACAGUGUUACCCUUCUACAUGGGUCGCCGAAUAACAGGGAAUAAUAAAGAAAAUGAUAUACGCUACGUAAGUUUGAUUUCAGAACACUUUUCUUUGUAAAUGCUGAUUGUGUGUGGUGGGAAACCGUCGGAAUCGAUGACAAAUCUGCAAUAAUAAACUGUCCUUCCAUAUGCCCAGGACUUUUUUAAAUGUACAAAUUUUGUGAAACAACUGGCCACAAACUUACAGUGUCAAUUUUCGAACAAUUUUACUAAAAGACAAAUGGCGCUACUUAAUCAGGUUGGAAAACCUAGCAAUGGAACGAGUCCAACUUCGUGAACGCUUUUGGAAGGUGUUCUCAAUAACUGGCAAUCUGGAGUCGAACAGAGGUAAAGGAGUCGUGGGAAUGCAACCUAUCCUCUCACCAGAAUGUCCAGUCUUCCAAUAUCAUAGCCAUGUUCAAAUACCUGUACCAUGGGCGCAUAUGUGGGGAUCAUUUCGAUUUGAAAGACAUAAUGGCACCAGUCUGGAUGUGAAGAUACCAUCAUUUCCGUUAUAUGAUCGUACAUAUUGGUCACAUUCAGACAGUCUAUGACGUCUAAGUUCCCGGUUAUGCAACCAUACCGACAUUGUAUACUAAAAUGUGAGUCCGGUCAGUGUACGUACAUCUCAUAGAAAUCAAACGAGAG